GCGUGGGUCCAAGUUCACGUCUUGACCCGAACGCCGUCAUGCAACUCAGACACCUGAGAAGACAACCUCGACAUCUUCACCCUCUUAAUGCUUCACCAAAACCGACAUCCGCUCCUUGGUCUGCUGGCGCAAGUACUUCCUCAUGGGAUCGCCACGGGAGGGCCACUUUGCGUCGCAGUUGACGGCACGAGAUGGGACGCGAAUCUGCUUAAGCUUUGGGAAGAGCUGCUUCAUAGUCCUCAUGUUACUCUUGUUGAGGUAGUCUUGCAGGUCGUGCCAGUGGGGACGGAUGCUGUUCACGGCCUUGAUCUGGGCUGGAACAAGCUCGCGGCACCAUCCUUCGAGCGCACCAUCAGGACCGUCGUCUUUUCCGAAUUUCUGGUCGACUUCACCAACGAAAGCGAACUGGUUGGUGGCAUACCCGAGUAUUGCAGUCUCCUCAUAGAUGAAUCGGCAGACCUCGGGGAGGUGGAAAGCGGUCUUGGGCUGAGCGCGCUUUGGGCCAUGUUGGAUGACUUUGCCGGAAUAUGUGGAUCCAAUAUUGAAUGUCGGAGUAGCUGGACCAUUCUUCUCUGCAGGGCCGACGCAAAAAGACUUCAUGGUCUGGAAAGGAAACAUUGCUCAAGGAAAGUUCAGGAUGGAUGGCGUAGAGAAGCACAGAUCUGGACGAGCGUCGAUAUUUGCUAGAAGGCCUGCGGUGAAAGUGAAUCGGCCAGUAAACCGACAGUUGAACAGCGCCGCCAGGUCGAUAUCUACUCUCUAAGUGGAUGUAAUGGAGCUCGCAAUCACGGGGGCGAGUGAGG